CCCACUGCUGCUGCGGACCCUGAGCCGGGCGGUGGACCAUCGGACCGGGCAGUCCAGGACCAGGUGUUGGAGGAGGAGGACGCACAGGUGAGGAGGAACCAGAGCCAGCAGCAGCUAGAAGAGGUGAGGUGUGGCCCAGCAGCCAUGUCUCUGUCAGCGGACCUGAGCUGCCUCCAGAGCAGCCAGGGAGCAGAGCGUGAGGCGGCGCUGGCAUCGCUGGAGAAGCAGCUGAUGUGCCCCAUCUGCAUGGAGAUCUUCAACAAGCCCGUGGUCAUCCUGCCGUGCCAGCACAACCUGUGCAGGAAGUGUGCUAACGAGCUCUAUCAGCCAUCUCUGUUCCACGCCCGAACCACCAUGCUGGUGAACAGCGGCCGUUUCCGGUGUCCGACCUGCAGACACGACGUGGUGCUGGACCGCCACGGCGUCUACGGCCUGCAGAGAAACCUGCUGGUGGAGAACAUCAUCGACGUCUACAAACAGGAACUCAACCAGAUCCCCAGCCCCCUUCCACCUCCUCCUCCUCCUCCCGCUGAGGCGACUUGUUCGGACCAUGAGGGUGAAAAGCUGAACAUCUACUGCCUCACCUGCCAGCUUCCGACCUGCUCGCUCUGCAAAGUCUUCGGGGCUCACCAGUCCUGCCGGGUGGCUCCGCUGACGGACGUCCACCAGCAGCAGAAGGACGAGCUGAGUGAAGGCAUCGCUUCCCUGGUUGGGUUCAGGGACCGGCUGCAGGCCCUCAUCGGCGGGAUAGAAGAGGCCUGUAGAGCUGUGGAGGAGAACUACAAGACCCAGAAACAGAGCGUGUGUGACAAGUUCAGCAGCAUGUUCUCCAUCCUGGAGGACAGACGCAAGGUCAUGACGCAACGAAUUAGCUCCGAGGAAGACGAGACCAUAAACCACAACCAGAUGCUGAUGCGCUGCUGUGGCGACAGCAUGGAGGCCAACAGGAAGCUGCUGGCGAGCGCAGAGAGCAGCAUGGAGGAGCUGGAUAUGGCUGCAUUUGUCCAGGCUUCAAAAGAACUGAUUUCAAAAGUGAUUGCAGCCGGCAGCUCUGGUCCAUCAGAGACAAUUAAACCGGGUUAUGAAAACCUGAGGCUCUACAGGUUUGAUUUUAGCCGGCAAGAAGAAAUGCUGAGGAGCGUAGACUUUGACAAAGUUGUAGAAGACAGUUCUGAAGAACCACAAGUUGUUCCAGAGCCAGAAGAACCUGAAGGACCCUCGAUCCAGAACACAGAACCAGAACAAUAUCAAGAAACUUUAGUCCAGGACCUGCAGACGGUGGAAAAACCAGCUGAAGAGCCGGUUCUAGCGCCCAUAUCUCCGCCAGAAGAGCCACCGCAGCCUGAUGAACUGGAAGCUGACCCACCUCCUCCAGCUCCUGAACCGGCGAGCGGUUCUUCAGGGUCUGCUGGAGAACAUCCACAGCCGGACACGCCUGAGCCCGGUGUGGGUGAUGUGGGAGCAGGCCUGGUUAAGGUGGAGUGGGUGGAGGCUCGAAGCGUGACGGAGGCGCCACUUCCUGAGAAAGAGGAAAGCAUCAGGAAGGAGCAGGAGGGGAUGAGCACCCAGCAGGUUGUCACACUGAUCUUCUACCUGCUGGCCUUGCUGGUCAUCCUGCAGAGGUUCUGGUCCUAUAUCGGCUGUUUCAUCCACUUAUGAAACCAGCGCAGCCGCAACGGAGAACAGGGAGAACCAGAACCCACCUUUCUGCGGUCCUCUCCUCUUCAUCAUCCUCCUCCUCGGUCCAGGUUCUGUGUAGACCCAGUUCCUGCGUCUCUUGCUGAUGCAGCAGGAGGAAAAAAGGAGAUCCAGUUGCUUCAACCAUGAUGAAUAUUAUUCUUGUUGGUUAUUCAGCACCAAGGAGGAGUUUGAAUAAAUACUACGACUUUUUUAACAGGCCGUUGUAUUUAAAAAGAAGAACCUGAAGUGUCACAGGUUCAGGAUCCUCUGGGCUGCCUUGGCUGUAAGCUGCUGAUGGAUCCUGUUUUGGUGAAAACUGUGGCCUUUUACCUGCUUUGGCGUCAAGUUGUGAAGGUGUCUGAGUUCAUUUUGGGCUGUUUUACAGGCGUGCAUUAGAGCAACAAGCCCAAAAGAUACUCUGGAUUUUAUCCUUACUGUAAUAAACUGGAUUCUGGUUGGGGACUUCAGAACAG